AUUUCAAUACAAGAAAAUAUUAAGGACCUACCUGAUGAAUUAUCUGAUAAAUAUGUUGUUUCAUUUUUAUCAAGAAAUCUUGCAGCUGAUGAAUUUUUGGAAGAUUUUUAUGAAGCUGAAGAUUCUGUAAAUAUUAAUGAUAUAUGUACAGAGUUAGAACAAACAGUAAUUAGCGAAGGAAGCAAAAAAAAAAGUACUAGAGGAAAAAAUCAAAAUAAAGGAGAAAAAGAUAGUUUAUGUUCCAGAAAAAAAGCUACAAUUUCUGCGCAAUUACCUAAACCACCUAGUUUUAAUACUUUAGUUCACAAUAUGCCUUAUCAUAAAGGCUAUGUAAUGUUACCAAAAAUUUAUUCAGGCUGUAGAACUUUAAAUCAUGAAAAAUUUCGCUUGCAAAUAGCAUGGGAUUUUAUUGAUAAUCGAGAAAAUCGUGCUGCAUAUACUUGGUACCGCUGGGAAGCUAAAAUUGGUAAUAUUCAAAUAAAUGAAAAAAAACCACCACAAAGUCAAAUUUGGUGUGCUCAAUGUAAUGUUGCACUUUGUUAUAACAAAUCUCAUUCUUUAUAUUUUAAAGAAUAUCAUACAUAUAUUGAUAAAGAAUAG